UUAUAUUGUAAAUUUUUCUCGUUCAUACAGUUCGAUAUCAUCGAGUUCGAUCCAAAGACGUUCAAAAUCCUGCUCAAUUAUCUGCAAACUGGCUCCUGUCCACUGACUUGCAGCAACAUACCAGGCCUCAUCUGUGCAGCGGAACACUACGAUCUACCUGAGCUUCUACAAGCGUGUUUCCACCAUGCAAAACAAUUCUUACGGAUCGAGAUCGUAUGCGUGAUGCUGAGCGCGUUGGAGAAUUAUUGCUGGCGUUACACGUCCGCCUCAGAAUUGGUCAACAUGAUCCUCGCUUUCAUCGAAACCAGAGCGUAUCAACUGUUCCAAUCACCUGAUUUCUUGACACUGAGCGAGUCGAUGGUUCAAAUGAUCAUGUGCAGAGGUCUCGAAGUCGGCGAGAUUAGAAAAUUCGAGGCGAUGCUCGAGUGGGCGAAGAACAGGAUUAAAGAUAGAAAGUCGACCAAAGUCGAUCCGAAAGUGGAAUUCAAGCGUAUCAUGGACAGAUUAAGUAGAGAUUUGAAACUGCAUAGGAUAACACCACAGGAACUUAUCAGGAUCGUUCUGCCAUCGAAAGCAAUCAAAAACGAGAGAAUUCUCGAAACGUUGAUGUAUCAAGCAAACUCUGGCAUCUUCAGGAACGUCGAUAGUUACUUGGAAGAUUACAAGGAAAAAGUGCAAAACCAGGAGAGUUUCGACUGUGGCCUCUAAAAAAAUAUCGUGCAUAGUGUAUUAAUUCAACAGCCCUUUUUACCUCUCUUCACCCUUAUUAAAAUGAAAGGAACAAUACGUACCUGAGGAAAGUAGACUCUAACUACUACUAGUUCUUCGAUAAAUAAGGGUGGUCAA